UUAAUUCUUUUGCACAAUUGCAGUGAAUGCAGUCGUUCAUCUACCCGUUCUUGCUGUGUUCCACUCUUUUCUCUUUACAUUUUAUUAGUCUUGAAUAGAGUUAACUUAAUAAACCGCGUGCUUUUUUUACUGCAUUCCGCUCAUACAUACGUUUGUAAACCUGAUUACGGCCUGAAACGCCUUUGUUCAUUCAUUUUUUCUGUUGAAUUAUCGUUUAUAGAAAGCUGUUUCCUUCUUUCUAAAAAAAUGUCUGAGACUCUCAUCAAUGAAGAAAUUAUAAGCCUGCCAGAUGAUAUAAUUAAGGAAGAAGAAAAUCUUGCAAGGGAAAUUGAAAAGGAAGAAAAUGAUAAACAAUCUGAAUUGGUUGAAGCCAGGAAAUCAGAAAAUCAAGUUUCAAAUGCUGAUGAAAUGAGAUACAAAAGGUUGAUGUGCUUGCUUGAUCGUAGUAAGUUUUAUGCCAAUUUCCUCCUAAAAAGAAUGAACUCUAAGAAGGAGGAAGACAAAAUGAAACAAGAAAAGUUAGCCAAAAGGGAAGCAGCAGAGAAGAAUAAGCAAAAAGAGAAUGGAACCACCAAGACUGAAGAAACACCAUCAGAGAUACCAAAGUCAGGAAGGAAGACAAGAGGAGCCAAGCGUCAACCUGAAUUGCUUAGUCCUAGUGAGAAAACUGAUACAACAACAAGGAAGAGGAUGCGCAAGAAUAAUUUAUCUGAUGCAAACAUAUUGAAUGUGAUUGAUGAAGAAGAACUUCAGAAACGUGCAGCAAAGGUGGAGGAAGAUUUUGAGGAUCAUGAUGAAGAAGAACUUGCUAAGGCUGAGAAAACUGAUAAAGUUAAUGAAAAACUUCCUGAUCUCUUUGAAGGAGGUACCAUGAGAGGAUAUCAAAUGGAAGGAUUUCAGUGGCUUGUGUCUCUUUAUGAAAACGGAAUGAACGGUAUCCUAGCAGAUGAAAUGGGUCUCGGCAAAACAGUUCAAUGUAUCUCACUAGUUGCCCAUCUCAUGGGUAAGGGAGUUACAGGACCUUUCCUUGUUUGUGCUCCCCUUUCCACUCUUACUAAUUGGGUAGCGGAAUUUAAAAGGUUCACACCUCGUAUACCUGUAGUACUCUACCACGGAAGUCAGGAAAAACGGGAUGAAAUUUUUGGGGAAAUCAAACAAAAAUUUAAAAUACCUGGAAUCGACGGCGUCAAAUUCUAUCCUGUUGUUAUUACUUCAUUUGAAGUGGUCAUUCGAGAAACGAAAUCAUUGGGGCGUUUGCAGUGGCGCUACAUCAUCGUUGACGAAGGUCACAGACUUAAGAAUCAUCAAUGCCGAUUAGUUCAGGAGUUGAAAAAAUAUCCCUCGAAUAAUCGUCUACUGAUGACUGGAACGCCGUUGCAAAAUAAUCUAUCAGAAUUGUGGUCUUUGCUUCAUUUUUUGCUGCCAGAAAUUUUUGAUGACUUGGACGUUUUCACAUCUUGGUUCCGUGUUGAAGAAUUUCAAGGAUCAGAUACAGACCAUAAAAUCGUUGAAUUGGAACGCAAAGAAAAUGUACUUUCUAUGCUUCAUCAGAUUUUAUCUCCAUUUCUCCUACGUCGUCUCAAAACUGAUGUCGACUUGGAAAUUCCAAAGAAGAAAGAGCUUAUCGUUUAUUGUCCAAUGAGCAAAAUUCAAGAUGAGUUAUAUCGCGCUACAAUUGACAAAACUAUCGCGUUUGUAUUAGGAGCGGAGUUCGAUAAAAAACCCGAGCCAUUGGAUUAUCAAGCCAACGGCCGACCUAAGCGGAAAGCCAAGAGGCUAGACAUAAAUUACUCGACCAUGGGAUUUGAAGAGGAAACGCAAAACUUGGAGAAGGAUUCUGCUGAAAAAGUCGAUGCAGAUAUUGAAGAGUGGAUGAAAAUGUCAAAUGACUUGCAUUGGGAACUCCGUCAACCGAAAAAGAAAAGUAUCGAAGCGAAGUCUACCAACAUCAAAAUGCAAAAUCCGUUUAUGCAGUUAAAAAAGAUUGUCAACCACCCACAUCUUGUCAAAUGGGAAAUUGAUGCGGAGACAGGAGAAUACGUUGUUGACGAGAGCAUGGUCAAGGACUCGGGGAAAUUAACUGUAAUGGAUCAAAUGUUAACUCGGCUGAUCAAAGAUGGUCACAAAGUGUUGAUAUUUAGUACACUUACGAUGCUGUUAGACGUUCUGGCUGACUACCUGUCAAUGCGAGAUAUGAAGUUCUGUCGAUUGGACGGACGAAUGAACCUGGAAGAUAGAGCCACAGACAUGGACACAUUCCGAAACGAUCCGGAUACAUCAGUGUUUCUCAUCAGCACAAGAGCGGGUGGUCUUGGCAUCACCCUAACUUCUGCUGAUACGGUUAUCAUUUACGAUUCGGAUUGGAAUCCUCAAUGCGAUCUGCAAGCCCAAGACAGAUGUCACCGUAUCGGUCAGACAAAACCUGUCGUUGUUUACCGCUUGGUAGCCGCAGAUACCGUUGACCAGCGCAUCAUCGAGCGAGCUGGCGCCAAAAGAAAGUUAGAAAAAUUAGUAAUUCAAAAAGGUAAAUUCAAAUCUGGUCUUCAAGGUAGCAACAAUUUGGGUAUAACAGCAAACGAAAUGAUGGAGUUGCUGAAAGCCCGUGAUCAUAACGGAGAGUACCGAAGUUUAUCUGAUCAAGUGUUUACUGAAGAAGAAAUGGACGCUCUAAUGGACCGAUCCGAUCUUGUCGAGGGAGCCGAGAUUAAGGUUAUGGAAGAAAUCAAGGGUGUUUUUAAGCGCACGGAUGUACCAGAAGUGGAAACGAAGAAGGGGAAAAGUAACCUCGUAUAAAACGUGUGUGGCAUUCAGAUAUUUAUGGGAAAUGAAUUGGAAGAUGGAAGUUUUAGAACUUUAACUUACCUGAUAUUCUAUUACAAACGAAAAGGAGGGAUCAGAGUAUCAGUAUUUAAUUAGCCUUUUUAAAUACUUCUGUUUUCUUCAAACUCAGUAUUUUGUUUUUACCCGGAAGUGUGUGAUUUUCGAAGCACGAGUUUGGUUGCGUUAUUUCUCGCUGAUGAUUUUUUUUUUAAUACAAAGAAAGCGCAUUUCCACUAAA